CCACUGACAACUACAUGGAUGGACAUUGGAGAGAGCUGUCGAUGAUGCAGUCAACACCUUCAAGGGACUUUGCAGGGAUGGAAACUGUGUUGCAGGUGCUGGAAGCACAGAAGUAGAGCUUAGCCGGCUCAUUGAACAAUAUGGGAUCUCAGUGUCCUGGUCUUGAACAGUAUGCUAUCAAGAAAUUUGCUGAUGCUCUCAAAGUUUUCCCCAAGGUCCUUGCAGACAACUGUGGUGCAAAAUGACCAAGAGACUUUGUCCAACUUAUUAGCAGCACACUCUGAAGGCAAAACCAAUGCAGGUUUUGACUGUGAAGGAGAAGGCACGUUAGUAGUUGAUGCUAAGGAAAAGGAAAUCUUUGAUCUCUACCUCACCAAGUUCUGGGCACUGAAGUACGCGACCUCUGCUGCCAACCAGAUUCUCCGUGUUGAUCAGAUCAUUAUGGCGAAAAAGGCGGGGUGGUCCCAGGGCAAGAGGAAUGGGCCCCCAGGAUCCUGAUGAUGAUUAAAUCAAGUGCUGGCCGAUAGAAAACGCUUUCGUUUUUUUACUUAAUAUUUCUGCUUGUCCUUUCUGUUCUGUUCUCUUCAUUUUUCACAUGUAAUAUUGCUUUACUGACUAUCAGGGAAUAACAAUAUAAUUUUGAGGAGAUGGUGAUAUCCCUGGUCAUCUGUAGCUCGUGCAGCACCCAGUGUUCAAGAACCUUUUAUGAACAGAAGGAUUGAGUAACAAAGCUUGUUCAUUGCCAGUGCUCAAAAGAACCCAAUUAUCGUCAUUCACACAAGCCUUUCUAUGAUUAAUAAAUCAUCCAAAUAGAGAA